CGGUAGAGGGCGUGAUAUGAUAAAAUUUCUGAUUUUUCGAACGCAAUCAGUUUCAGAACGCAUAACACCAAUUUCCAUAAAAUAUCAUCUCGUCUCUAGUAAAAAUGUGUACAAGUGUGUCAUCUACAUUAGUAUUUUUUCUAUGAUACUAGUGUCCUAAAGUUUUGAUAUGGGCACAUUAUACACCUUAAUAUGUGGUUAAUAUUGUUUAAAAUCAUCUAAAAACUUAUAUAGAAGCUAUUUUCGUUUUACAUAAAUUGUACCAGAUGUUGUUUCAGUUUUGUCACGUGGGUUGCAAAACUAAAAUUAAUGCGACAUUUUUAAAUGUUACACGACACUAUGCAAGGGCGGUUGUUAAAAUUCGACGAAAAGGGAACGACGUCGCUAAUAAUGAAGUAAAACGUGAGAAAACAAAAACACCAAUAAUAAAAUGUAAAAAGCAGAUGUAUGAUUUUUACGAAGGUGAUAAAUUUUCCAAAGAAAAACCGAUAUUGGCCAGUCAGAGCUGGAAAAACAGAAAGUCUAAAGGCGAUCAUUUCUUUAUAUACCCUUACAACAAUGAUGUUGUGGAAACAAAUGAGGAAGUUGGUUCUGAAACAUUUCAGGAUCUUGAUGUAAAUGCUUCUUUAUGUAAUAAUUUAGAAGAUUUAAAUAUAUACGAACCUUUAGAAAUCCAAAAGCUUGGAAUACCAAAAAUUUUUCAAGAAUGUAAUGUAUUAAUAGCAGCAGAAACAGGAUGUGGGAAAACAUUAGCUUAUCUUCUGCCAUUGAUAACUAAAAUUGUGUUAUGGAAACAAAAAGAAGAGCAAAGAAGCAUAAAUACACCAUUAGGAUUAAUCGUAACUCCUUCAAGAGAAUUAACAGUACAAAUCGGGUUGCAACUAAUUAAGCUAUCUAAGCACCUUAAUAUUAAAACAAAGAUAGUCACUGGUGGGAGGACAAAAAGGAUAAUAUCGGAUCCUCCUGUGGGGAACAUUGAUAUUCUAGUUUGUAGUUUUGGAGUUGUUAGUAAAUUGACAACAUUUGGUGUAUAUGAUCUCGCAUUUGUAAGAUUUGUCGUGUUAGACGAAGCAGAUUCUUUGUUUCAUUCUUCCUUUGAGACAAAGCUAAAAAUAUUUCUGAGGAGAAUACCGAUUGGGUAUCAUCAGUACGAUACAACCGAGAAUGAAUUUCCUAAAACAGCUCAACUCGUUUUAGUCUCUGCAUCAAUUCCGUCAGGUCUUAAAACUGUGCUGAGCGACAUCAUAAAUAUAAAUUCUUUGGAACAUGUAACAACGGAAAAAUUACAUAGAAUACUGAUUCCACAAAAGUUUGUAAGAUUAAUUCCAAGCCAAAAGCCCAUAGAGCUUGUGAAAUAUGUAAAAAGCAAGGUAUUAAAUAAACAGCGUGUAAUUGUAUUCAGCAAUCGAAAUAGUACCUCCUAUUGGAUUUCCUUAUUUUUACACGAAUGCGGUGUCAAAGUUACAAAUUUAAAUGGCGAUAUGCCAUUACAUGUACGACGAGGAAAAUACGGGGAAUUUCUAAAUGGCAAAACAAUGGUGUUAUCUACAACGAACGGAGGAUCCCAAGGUUUAGAUACAAUAAUGGUUAAUCAUAUCUUAAAUUAUGAUUUUCCCUUAGACACGUCCAGCUACAUACACAGAUGCGGUCGAGCUGGCAGAAUAGGUACCAUAGGUGUGUCUAGAGUAACAAAUUUUAUUUCCAAACCGAGCGAAAUCGUCGUAGUUCAAAAAAUUGAAAGGGCAGUUAGAAAAAUGAAACCAAUACCUGUGUUUAACCUUCUGGAUAGGAAAGACGAAAAGGAAGAAGAAACAGAAUACGAUUUUACAGAGGAAAUGAUCGAAAAUCUAGAUGAAGUCGAAAAUAUUCCAUAUUGAAAUUUAUAUAUUAUGAAUAAAAAAAGGAUAAUAACAGUUUGCUUGUUAUAAAAUUUGACCGCUUUUUCAGUCACUUCUAUUAUUUUCUUUCCAUUCUGUCUAUUUUCGUGAUACACGUUCACUGAUACGAAAAGUCUUCUGUGAAGCCUUUGCAAUGAAUGUAGAUAGGGUCGAAGAAUCUAUCCAAGUGUCAUCGCCCUUAAACCUAUUCAGUUCUAUUAAAGGUUCGACUUUUAACAAAGUUAGUAAGAAAUGUUUGUUAACCCUACGCUUGUUGUUGAUUUGUUUUAUCUUUGAAAUUUCAAAAUUUUAUGUUUUUGGUUCGAGAAAGGAUGCACCCACACAUGUGUUUCCAUUCAUCCGUCGAUCCAAUGUUCCGUCAUGUCCGGCGACACUCCCACACUGACCGCCUACACGUAUCGCAAGCAGAACUUCUAUAAUAAUCCAGACCGUGCGUCUAGACCAGUUUAUUACUCGCAUUGACUUUUAGUGAAAUUAAGCGCGCUUACUCGUGCUAACAUUUGUCACUCUCUCUUCCUCUCUAUAAAGGGUGUGUCAUACAAUCGCGUUUCCGUAAUAUUCCGCGGUACACAAUGUCAUGCCUUUACAGUGCAGGUGAUCACUCAUGAAUCAGCGAAAUCAAAUUUUUCUCGAUAUCUUAAAAAAUGUUUACCUCGAUCGUAAGUUUAGCAAAAUAUGUAUCGGAAAGAUGUAUCAAAUUAAAAUCGUUCUUGUUAUCUGUUUCGUAAGAAACGAUAAGCUACCGUGUUACUUCGUAAGAAAAAUGGCUGGUAACAUAACCAGUUUCUUAUUAACGAAGAAAACUGUUAACUGUCGAAAAAAGAAGAAACGGUAAUAUAGUAAAUAGGAAUAAAGUAAUGAAAAUGAAUUACAUAAUUAGUAUUAGUGGUUGCGUGACACGUAAGACAUAUAUGGGGGAAUUUCAUAGAUAUACGUCCAGAUGCUCGAAUUAAAAACCGUCGCUGUAGGUUAAUGAAAGUAUUUUCUGAAUAAAUUCAAAAUCUUGUA